AUGUGGAACUCCAUUCUCGUCGCUCUGCUCGUCUUUGUAUCCAAUGCCCUUGGCUCGAGCUCGCAUCAUAAGUCGACUCUGCAAUUGCGCAAUUCGACUGGCUUAACCGAUGUCGUCUCUUGGGAUCCUUUCUCGCUCUCGAUCAUGGGGCAGCGGGUCUUCAUACUUUCAGCGGAGAUCCAUCCCUGGCGACUGCCCGGUAACCCGGAGCUUUGGGCGGACCUAUUCCAGAAAGUAAAAGCAAACGGUUUCAACACCGUCUCGUUCUACACGCACUGGGCACUGCACUUCCCGACGCCGACCACCAACAACUCACAUGGUGACUUCCAACCCAACACGUACCGGGACAUGGAACUGUUCAUCCAGGAGGCUAAAAAUGCCGGCUUGUGGUUGAUCGCUCGACCUGGACCUUACAUCAAUGGAGAAACUACGGGAGGAGGCUUCCCGGGUUGGGUCGGAAACAUCGCAGGAUCCCUUCGCACCAACAAUCCCAACUACACCCAAACGUGGAUACCUUACAUGACCGCGAUCACACAGAUCCUUGCUCGCAAUCAGGUCACCCAAGGUGGUCCCGUCAUUCUCAUCCAGUCGGAGAACGAGUACAGUGCUGGCUCUACUCACUCACCGUACAUGCAAGAUAUCAUCAACCUGUAUCGCGCAAAUGGCAUUGUGAUCCCGAUCACAUUCAAUGAUCAGCACAGUGGAGCUGCCGGCAACUUCUCACCGGACAAAGGAGGGGAGGGUGCAGUCAACAUCUAUUGCGGGGAUUCAUACCCCCAGGGUGGAAACUCUUGGAGUCAAGUCCAGGCCAUCUAUUAUUCAAAUCACAAGGCUGUUGCGCAAUCCAACCCUCUAUGUUUGGCUGAGUUUGGUGGUGGCUUUCUCAUCAAUUGGGGAGGUCCUGCAUUUGGAGGCACUGGCUAUGAAAAAUUCAGUCUCAGCCCAGGUCUGACCAAUGCAGACUACGAAAAUGUCUUUUAUAAAGAUGCAAUCUCACAAACUGCUACCAUUCUAAAUAUCUACAUGAUAUAUGGUGGCACCAACUGGGGUCAAACUGCUGCACCAGUUGUUUUCACAUCUUAUGAUUAUGGUGGAGGAAUCAAUGAGAACCGUGUGGCAUUGACCAAAAUGAAUGAGAUGAGACUGCAAGGUGCCUUUCUCCGGGUAUCCCGGGAUCUUCUUGGAGCAACUCUACUUGGGAAUGGGACAAACUACACCACAUCCUCUCUGGUUCAUGUAGCAGAGUUGAGGAAUCUGCAGACUGGGUCUGCCUUCUAUUUUACUCGUCAAAACAGUUCUCCAUCCACUGCAUUGGUUACAACUCAAAUCAAUGUUCAGACAUCUAUGGGCUCUUUGCUCAUCCCCAAGACUGGCAGUAUCACAUUCAAUGGCCGUGAUAGCAAGAUUCUUGUUAUUGAUUACAGCUUUGGAGCCAGUGCAAGCAAGAUCUUGUAUUCAACUGCAGAAAUUAUGACCUGGACCACAAUUGAUGGGACAGACUAUGUCAUCAUUUAUGCUGCUGCAGGUCAGACAGGAGAAACUGCCUUCAUCUUCAAUCCUUCUGGCCCAGUGAAAGUCACACUAUCCAACCCCCAAGUUACAUCCAGCAUUGUCAAUGGUACUCUCAUUCUCAACUACACACUGAAUGGAACAGUAUUUGUGCCAAUCACACAUGGUACAUCUCAGCUUGUAGUCAUUCUGGUGGAGAAAGAUCUGGCAUAUCAAUGGCAUGCUCCACUUAUUGCUGGGACUGGGAAUUUUGGAAAUUAUUUCUCAAUUGGAACUAAUUCAACUGUGCUGGUUUCUGGGCCAUAUGUUCUACGCACAGCUACUAUCAGCAGUGGAAUAUUGUCUUUGACUGGAGAUCUUAAUGGAACAACUUCUAUUGAGAUUGUUGCUCCUCAAGCUGUCACUGGAUUCAAAUGGAACAAUGCAACAAUCUCAACUAGCAAAACCACACAUGGGUCCUUUGUUGCUACUAUUGGCACAAAGGUUGCCCUGUCUCUUCCAACACUUGGACCUUGGAAAGUCUCUGGCAGCCUGCCUGAGAUUGAUCCCAACUUCAAUGAUUCUUCAUUCACUAUUGCAAACUUGACCACAACCAAUUAUACAAACUUGCCACCACUUUCUGGAUCGCAAGUCCUGUACUCUCAGCAAUAUGGAUUCUAUGGUGGAAACCUUAUCUUCCGGGGGCGUUUCCAGGCUACAGGUCAAGAAACUGCAGUCGACCUGACAGUCAUGUAUGGCUUUGCUGGAGGCUACUCAGCCUGGUUGAAUGGGAUUUUCCUUGGCUCCAGUCAAGGAAAUGCCACUGUCAGCUCCUCCUCUGAUGUUUGGGUAUUCCCCAGUGGUGCAGUCAAAUCAGGAAAGACUAAUGUACUGGUUGUUCUUCAAGACCACAUGGGCCUUCCAGAGUCAAACAGCAAUGGUGCCAAGGAGCCUCGUGGCAUCCGGGGCUACGCUUUGAUUGGGGCCAGUACCAAAUUCACAUCUUGGACUCUUCAAGGCAACCAGGGAGGUGCUGCUGGUGCACCAGAUACCUUCCGUGGUUAUCUCAAUGAGGGGGGACUGUAUGCAGAGAGAAUUGGUGCUCAUCUUCCUGGUUUCCCAGAUUCAUCAUGGGCUGCAGGAUCACCACUGACUGGUCUCACUACUGCUGGAGUCAACUUUUACCGCACCAGCUUUGAUUUCCCAGUGCCUAAUGGUGUUGAUGCCCCAAUCCGCCUUUCAGUAAUCCGGAGCAGUGUUGUGCCACCAGCUAAUUUCAGGCUCCAAAUCUACCUCAAUGGCUGGCAAGUGGGAAAGUAUGUCAACAGUAUAGGGCCACAGACUGAUUUUGUACUGCCUGCUGGGAUACUUCACCGCACUUCACCCAACACCUUGGCUAUCUCACUUUGGGCAAUGGAUUCUGCCGGUGCUGCAGUGACAGGUCUCAAGAUCAUUUCUGAUGGCAUAUUCACCACCUCACUGCCAUUCAAUGACUACCUGGCUCCUGUGUUCUCCCCAGUACAGAGAGCUGUCCGGCCAAGUGACCUGGGCCAGGCACCUAUGUAAUAUCUUUUCUAUUGUAUCUUCAAAGUAGUAUACAAUGUUUGAUAUUUUGUUCAAAUGCCAGUAACUCUUGUGCAAAGACA